AUGUUCAAGAAUUACAUGGCUCGCCUCAAAGGUAUCGUAGGAGACAAGAAAUCGAUGGAAAUCAUAAACAACGCUUUAGUGGUCAUCAGCGCAGGACCUAACGAUUUCAUCUUGAACUAUUACGAUAUCCCAACAAGGCGUAGAGAGUUUCCUGAUAACUAUGGUUACCAAGACUUUGUGCUCAAGAGGCUUGACGGUUUUGUCAGAGAGCUUUACGGUUUAGGCUGCCGGAAAAUUAUGGUCGGAGGGUUGCCGCCGAUGGGGUGUUUGCCGAUCCAAAUGACGUCCAAAUCGCAAACAGUCAUGAGCAGAACUUGCUUGGAACAAGAGAACAAAGACUCAGUCUUAUACAAUCAGAAACUUGAGAAGCAAUUGCCACAAAUCGAAGCGUCUCUACCAGGAAGCAAGUUUCUGUACGCCAAUGUCUAUGAUCCUGUGAUGGACAUGAUCCAAAACCCUAGCAAAUAUGGAUUCAAGGAGACGAAGAAAGGAUGUUGUGGAACAGGAUACUUAGAAACGAGCUUCAUGUGCAAUGCCUUUUCAAAGACUUGUCCGAAUCAUUCGGAUCACUUGUUUUGGGACUCCAUUCAUCCCUCGGAAGCUGCUUACAAUUACCUGGGCAACUUCAUAGAUGCUCAGAUCCAAGAGUGGCUUAAGGCUUAA